UCUUCCCAGAGGCCACAGUACAGAGACGCGAGUGUCUGAUGCUGACUAAAAAGAGAAGUUGACUUACAGCGGGUGAGUACAGGGAGCUUCUGUCCGUCCAGUCCGGUCCAGUCCAGUCCAGUCAGGUGUCCAGCAUGUCACUGGAGGUGAAGGAGAAGACUCAGGUGCGUCUGGUCUUUCUGGGGGCAGCCGGGGUGGGCAAGACCGCCCUGAUACGCCGCUUCCUGCAGGACACGUUCGAGGUCAAACACCGGCGCACGGUGGAGGAGCUCCACAGUCAGGAGUACGACGUCGGCAGCGGCGCAAAGAUCACCGUGGAGAUCCUGGACACCAGCGGUAGCUACUCCUUCCCAGCCAUGCGCAAGCUCUCCAUCCAGAGCAGCGACGCCUUCGCGCUGGUCUACGCCGUGGACGACCCCGAGUCGCUGGAGGCGGUCAAGAGCCUGCGGGACGAGAUCCUGGAGAUCAAGGAGGACAAGUACACGCCCAUCGUGGUGGUGGGCAACAAGACGGACCGCGCGGGCGAGAGGCGGGUGUCCGCUGACGACGUGCUGUCCACCGUGGAGAUGGACUGGAACAACAGCUACCUGGAAGCCUCGGCCAAGGACAACGCCAACGUGGUGGAGGUGUUCAAGGAGCUCCUGCAGCAGACCAACCUGCCCAGCCGCCUCAGCCCGGCUCUGUGUCGACGCAGGGAGACCUACCCCAAACACGCCAGCUUCAGGCCCCCCAUGAACAAGACCAACAGCUGCACAGUGUCCUAACGGCAGGGACAAAAGAGGACAAGUUCAAAAGGUGGCGUCAAGUGAGGGGCGCCCACCUCCGCGCUUCUUCAGCCUCAAAUGAAGGACACCAGAGAAGUGAAUCAUUAUGAUGAGAAACCAUUCAGUAGUCCUCCCUUGACGUAGUGAGUUUUGGUGCCUCAUCGCUGCUGUUAAGAUCAAUGUAACACUUAAAGACGUAAAGGCAGUCUCAACUGUGGUACUUACUAUAUACAUAAAUGUUCCAACUUACCAGUAACAUUUUAUUACAGUCCAUCGUUUUGUAAUUGUGCGUGACAGCUGUGACUUUCUUGGUAAAAUGUUUUAAAAAGCACAUCAGAACUGUAAAUACGCACUAUUAAAUGAAUUUGCUUUUGUAUAGAUUUUUCUUUUUUAAAUCAUCCUACACUGUAUUUGUUGUGCUGUUCUAUUUAUUGAAACAAAUGUAUUGUGGAUUUAAAUGUGCAUCAUAAAAACAAAAAGGAAUAUAAAAUGUGGUCUUUUGAUUC